AUGGCGACCAAAACGACCACCGUGACCGAGUUGCACACCAUCUCGUUCGACCCCUCCACCACAAACUCGGGCGCGACUUCACGGAAAAGCCAGAGCCGCGAUGCAACAGUCGUGGCUUCUGAUUCAGAACCAGAGGCGUCUCCCAUCUCGGCCAAGUCAAGGCCGGCUCUGCUGCCCAAAGGCCGCGCCAUCAUCGUGACCACCCAGCUUUGUGGCCUGCUGUUCUUCAGCAGCUUCUGCAAUGGCAUCAUCGUCAUCGCUCUACCUGCCAUGCACUCGGAGCUGGGUCUACAGGAGAGCCUCCUGGUUUGGCCCACCUCGAGUUACUAUCUCACGGCCGGUUCCUGUUUGUUGCUGGCCGGCUCCAUCGCCGAUGUUGUCGGUGUGAAAAAGGUCAACCUCGUUGGCUCUUUCCUCAGUUCCAUCUUUGCUCUGGCCUGCGGUCUGGCACAAACUGAAGGUCAAAUAAUAGCAUUCCGGGCCCUUCAGGGCAUCACAAACGCCAUCAUUGCCCCCUCAGCGAUAUCCAUCAUCUCCAAUAGCGUGGCCGAGGGCCGGCCGCGGAACAUGGGGUUUGCAUGCCUCGGAUUCAGCCAGCCGCUCGGGUUCAGUCUUGGCUUGGUGCUCACGGGGGUCAUGACAGACACGGUGGGGUGGCGGCCAGCCUUCUACCUUGUAGCCGCCUGCAGCAUAGUUUUGUUUACCAUUGGGAUAUGGUCACUUCCGCAAGACAUUCACUCAUCGGGUAGCCAAUCCGUUCUGAGGCGGCUCGGAGGUGAGAUCGACUGGAUCGGAGUAGGCUUGGCCAGCAUGGGGCUGGCCCUGUUUUCAUACGUUUUAGCAUCCCUGUCGGCCAACAUCCAGGACAUUCGUCAGGCUGGCACCAUCGUUUUGCUCGUAAUUUCUGUCUUUUCUGUUCCAUCCUUUGUGGGGUGGAUGCACUACCAGACCAAGAAGAACCGCACAGCACUGAUCCCGAACUCUCUCUGGCGAAGCGGUGUGUUUACGAGCGCCUGCGUCAUGGUUAUGCUGACCAACGCUUUGAUCAACUGCAUGGAGUUGUAUAGCAGUCUAUUCUUCCAAACCAUUCAGGGACAGUCUGCUCUGACGGCGUCCCUUCAAGUGCUUCCCUCUUUGGUAGCCGGGAUUAUCACCAGCAUUCUCACGGGCAUAUUUGUCAACCGCAUGCCUGUAUUCUGGACCGUCCUCAUCACUACAAUCGUCAGCACUGUCUCGGCCUUGUUGAUGGCCCUGGUCCGUACCGACCAAGUAUAUUGGGAGAACGCCUUUGUUGCGCAGAUCCUCUCACCCAUCAGCUGUGACCUUCUCUUUACAGUUGGCCUCCUGAUCAUUUCGGAUGUUUUCCCGAAGCACAUGCAGGCUUUAGGCGGCGCAGUGUUCAACACGUGUGCUCAGCUUGGGGUCGCCAUUGGGCUAAGUGUGACGCAGGUCGUUGCCUCAUCGGUCACAAACAACUCGCAAUAUGACAACAAAUCAUCCCCCGAAGCCCUUAUGGAGGGAUAUAGGUUAGCUUUUUGGAUCAUGUUUGGUUGGAUGGUGUUUGUUUGUGGGGUAUGCGCUGUUGGAUUGAGACGAGUGGGUGCAAUUGGUGUCAAGCGUGACUGA